UCGUGCAAAACGGUUCAUUUCUCGUCCAGCUAACGCUUCUGCUUUCUGUGUGGAUGUGAGUGUGCGUGUUGGCCAAAUGCCUGAGUAGAGAAAAAUAAGAUUAUCGGCCAUUAGCUUUCAGCACAGCUCUUUGAUUUUUGCGAGUAGAAGUUUUAUGAAUUUGCAGCGAACCCUUUUCCGCUUUUUUCGCGCGUUUGUGUGAGUGGAAGGACGAGUGAUUGUGUUCAGUGUCGCUUCUGUUGCCUUGGUUGCCUCACCAACACACACGCACACACAGGCACACACCGCACACGCACACACACCGUCACCCUUGGAGAAAAGUGAAAGUGAGACGCCCCAGCGACCCGGAAAUCGGACAGCUCGCUACUUUUCGCAUUCGGCGCACAUCUUGGCUGGAAAAAAGUUAGUGGAAAACCCCCAGCUGCGAAAGUUUCAAUAAUUUUCCACACGUUAACCGAAAUCUAAUCAAAUUUUACCCGAUCCCCCCCCUCGACUUUCUCUUUUUCUCUCUCUGAUUUAUGCGUGGCACAUACAACAUUUUCGCAUUCCGUUUUUUCUUUUUUGGCAAACACUUAUACACAGCACAAUUUUGGUAUCCAACACCCCCAGCCCAACCCCUCUUUUAACCUUCAAUUUGUGGCAUGCUGUAAAUUGUACUAAAGACACGAGCAUUUUUCUUCAAUUUUUUCCAUACUCUUUUGUAAAUACUUUUUGGAUUGUCUUGGCAAGCGAAUUUUUGUAUACCAUUUUUCUUACUUUGCUCACUUUUGGAAUUGCAGUCGAAAUGAUUUAAUAUUAAGCUAGCAAACGGAUUUUUACCAAUCCGUUGCAAAAACAAAAACUGUAUGUGUAAAAUAAAAAAUAUAUGAAAUAAAUAUCUGAGGGAGAGGGACCAGAAACCGAAUUCGCACUGCAACAGUAAACCCAGAUGCCCGAAGCUUUGAUUCUACCCGGCAUGGCUGACGCAGAGCCGGACCUCUCGACGUUCGAGAACAAGACGGGCCUGGCGGAGGACAUGAAGUUCCUGGCCUCCAUGCCCGAGCUGUGUGACGUAACCUUCCUGGUGGGCGACACCCGCGAACCCGUCUGCGCCGUCAAGGCUGUGCUGGCAUCCCGCUCCCGGGUAUUUGCAAAGAUGCUCUAUGCUGCCCCCUCGCCCCAGCGGAAAAGGGAAACCUCCACCAAGGAGAACAAGCUGCGCCUCUUCCUGAAACGCUCCUCGGAGCCCCUGCUCAACCUGCAGAAUGCCGCACAACAGAGAACCGGUUUCACCCAACAAUUAGCUCCGAUACCCGAGCCUUCAGGUCAGCAGCAUCAGACUCUGAUCAUUGAGGAAUUCGAACCGGAUGUCUUUCGCCAGCUGAUUGAGUAUAUCCACACGGGCUGUGUGACCCUGCAACCUCGUACUCUCCUAGGUGUCAUGAAUGCCGCGGACUAUUAUGGCCUUGAGGAACUGCGUCGCGCCUGUGCAGGAUUUGUACAGUGCUGCAUCAACGUGGAUACUGUGUGCGCCUUGUUGGCCUCUGCCGAGCGAUAUAUCCAGUACAAGUGCACGAAGACCUUGGUCCAGAAGGUGCUGGAGUUCGUGGAUGAGCACGGGACCGAGGUGCUGAACCUGGGCAGCUUCACCCUGCUGCCGCAGCACGUGGUCCGCCUGAUCUUGGCCAGGGAGGAGCUGCGCGCCGACGAAUUCACCAAGUUCCAGGCGGCACUGAUGUGGAGCAAGAAGUACUAUGACAACAAUCCGAACAUCGACAUUAAGGAGAUCCUGGGCACCUUCUGCGAGUACAUCCAGUUCCACAAGAUCCCCGCCAACGUGCUGAUGCGGGAGAUCCAUCCGCUGAACCUCGUCCCCUACGCCAUCAUCAUGAACGCGCUGGCCUAUCAGGCAGACCCAGAAAGCAUCGACCCCGGAAAGCUGUCUCCCAACUCUAGCCGACAGCACCACCGCCACCGCCACCACCACCAGUCGCUGCCGAAGAUCCGCAAGGCCAAGUCGCAGUCCUUCCGGACGCGGCGCAGUCCCUCGGAGCGGAGAAGUCCCAACAAUGCCCCGAACCUCACGCUGAACACCAGCCUGGCCUCCGGCAAUGGCGAGAAGAAGCGCAGCCCGCUGACCCCGAAGAGUCCGGUGAUGCCGGUGCCGGAGUCGAAGAGUCCGGGCAGCAGCUCCCAGAAGACGCCCACCUCGCUCUCGCGGCAAGGCACUCUGCGGGCCUCGAACCGGAGGAAGAACAGCGGACAGCUCUCCAUUUCCCUGGGCACGCAGGGCAGGCGAAGUCCGGUGGGUCUCAACGAUCGCAGUCCCCAAGGCCGUCGCAGUCCGCUCUUCCCGAGCAGUGGACUGAGGUCACCGAACGACCCGAUGACCAGUCCCACGGUCAGAAGUCCCACCGGGGAGCCCCGGCGAAGCAGUCCCACUUUCAGCGUGCACACUCAGGAACGUCGUUCGCCGCUGGGCGCAGUGGCUCCCACGGACUUUGGCUGCCAAUUUGGGCUGCCGGGCACCCGGAGGAGCCCCACAUCCACGGUCCACGUCCAGGACAUGGCCACGGAGGCGGACGAGGCGGGAUUCGUGGGCCUAAAGCGACCAUCGAUAAGCCUCUUCACACCCAUCUACUUCGCCAGCGAGAAGCGCUCGCCUAUGGGCCCGAUUCCCCCGAUAACCGUCUCCAAUCCCGCAGAGACUUACAAGAGCGCAGAACGGGAGCGGGAGGCGGCGGAGGCGGCUGCCCGGGAAAAGGAGAAGGAGCGGGAGAAGGAGAAGGAAAAGGAGGCCCAGCCGCAGGAGAAGAAGAGCGUGAUGCGCGAGAUCCUGGCCUUUGUGAGGAAGCCAUCGAAGCAUCUUAGCAGCCGAACCAACCGCUUUGCAAACGCUUUCACCCGAGCCGAAUCGGGUUCGUCCGGUGGUCCGCUGAUCCGGCAGAGCACCUUCUCCGCCAGUCCAGCCGCCUCCUCGACGGCGGCCAAGAGUGCUGUCCAAAAGCAAAUGUCCGAGGUGGGCUUCGAGCCGAAGAUAUCCCAGAAGUUCACCCACUACGCUAAGAUGUCCCUGAGGCUGCGCAGAUCGACGAAGCGCGACGAGGAGGAAAAGGAGAGGGAGAAGCAGAAGCAGAGCUCGGCCUCGGGCUCGAAGAGACCCAGUGCGGACCUGAGCCAGGCCCACGCGGAGCAACAGGUAGGUGGAUCGGACGAGCUGCCCUUCGAGCUGGCCAACGUGCACUUCGAGAAGGUAGGUGAGUCCUAUAUCAAGCAUGAGAGGCUCCGCGAGUUGCAAGAACCAGAGGCCGAACGGGAUGAGGAGAUCGACAAGGAGGCGGAGCCGAGGACGGACGCGGACGCGGAAGCGGAGGUGGAGCAAGCCGAUGCAGCCAUGGCGCAGUUCGUGGAGGAGGUCACCAACUCGCUGAAGGUGGUGGCCCUGAACGGCGAGGGCGGAGCGGCCGCCGUGCACCACUUCACCCGUCGCUCCGAGAGCCGCGAGCCCAUCGAGCCGCGCAUCAGCGAGGAGCGGGAGUCGGACUCCAACGACCUGAUGAUACCCGAUGACAUGCGCGCCGAGUUGGUAGAGAUCUUGAAGGCGUACGCGCCAGAACCAGUUUAUGUGAAUCUGCAGGCACUGCGGCGGGAGACCGAGGACGCGGAUCUGGCCGUCGCCCAGGCUGAGGCCGCAGUCUUGGCGGCGGCCGAGCCGGCCAAGAAGCCGCUGCAGUGUCCUACCAUCGAGUUUGAGCCGCCGUCGCGCCGCUCCUCCUUCGACCCCCCGCGGUCCCCCUUUCUCGAGCAGCUGCGCAGUCCCGGGGUGGACACGGAAACCGACCUGAUCAACCUGCAGCGCCUGGACUCCGGGGGCGACAGCUUCGAGCUGGUCGAGAGCAAGUGGAGCAAGUCCAGUCGCGGGGAGUCCAGUUUCGAUUGUCCCUACUCCUCCAGGGACACCAGCUUCGACGUGUCCAUUUCGCGGUACCAGUCCACUAGUUACGAGGAUCAGACCUCCAGCUUUGAGAUCGUGGACACCGAUGAAAAGGCCCAGGGCAGGCGGGCCGUGGACUUGCGCAAGAGCUCCAUCGAGCUGGUCGAUGCGGAGACCUUCCAAAGAUCGGGCUCCUCCUGCGGCGGCCGCAAGUCCUCGCUGGAGACCCACUUUGACUACACGCCCACCGAGGCCGGUGGCCGCUCGCCCAGCCUCCCCUUUCCGGCGAUGAGCAAGAAGCAGCGCACGGAGAACUUCCGCCAGCUGCACGUCUCCCAGUUCAGUGCCUUCUCCCGGGCACGCAGUCCGCUGUCCCAGCAGACCUCCUCGAACUACAGCUCCCGGGACAGCUACGACUCGAGCGGCUCCUACCCCCACGGCUACGGCUAUCCCCCGGAGCCGCAGAAGAGUCCCUACGGGGACCCCAGUCGCAAGCACUUCCCGCUGACGGUGCGCCAGAGGGGCGAGGAGGAGCGCGAGGUGCGCACCUUCCUCUGCACGGACCAGAGAUGCGCCUCGAUCUUCGAGCCCCGGCCCAGCUCCGUGCUCACCCAGCAGCUGUCCACCGGCUCCAUGUCCACCCCGUCGGGCUACACGAACGGGACGCCCAGGGUGCCGGGCGCGGCGGUCGGACCCGUGCCGCUGCCCCACCCCGGACCGCUCUCGUCCUGCGGCUUCUCCAGCGGCAGCGAGUUCGAGCCGCCGUCCCCGCGACGAGCGGCCAGCGCCUCGCCCAAGCACACCUUCACAUUCCGCAUCGUGAUGAAGAAGGUGGACAGCUCGCCGGAGGCCCUGUGCCCGGAGAGGCACCGCUCGCGGAUUAUCGAUCGGUACAGGAGGCGCGACAGUCGCCGCAAGCGCAUCCACGAUGCAGGAAAGAGCUUCUAGGGGGCAGUGGGGCAUGCAACUAGUGGCAACCAGUGAUGGGGAAAGUACUUAGAUAGGCAUCCAACCAUAGAGUCAGAAUAUCAGAAUAUUCGGUGAGUUAAUCAAACAAAAUACCUUUAUCACACUCAAAUACCUUUAAAUUUAACAACAACUGCCUUUUACAUACUUGCAGAGGUAUAACAAUACUCUUUUGAAAAAUAUUUGAAAUACUCAUACCAUAAAGAAUAAACGUCGAAGCGAAUCAAAAUCUGUAAAAUAAGAACCGAAUUGUCCUGCAAAUAUUUUGAAAACUCGUAAAUAUAACAGCUUAUUGCUAGGGAAGACAACUACACUUAUUACAAAACAUUUUGAUGUUUAAUGUAUUGCAUAAGAAAUAAUUAAAUUCAUACAUGUUUGCGAAUGAAUCUAAGUACCUGUAACCACAUCAUUUUUGUGUAAUAGAACGCUGAUUAAGAAAUCCGUAAACUUGAAAUUCCAAUGCAAUUUUGCCAUAUUGUAGACAGUACUUGCGGAGUAAUAAAAUUAAUGUUUGAUGUAGCUAGGUACCCAAAAUAACCCAAAUAUGUAAUUCCCAUCACUGGUAGCAAACGAAAAGAACCUCGCGGCAAUCUCUCAAUAUCUCCACGAUACGCAUAUAUUUUUGACAAUCUCAGUGUUGCAUCUAUGAAGAACCUCUCACAAUCGAAUCUCUUUAGGGUUAAGAAUAACACCGAACUACUGGCGUUUGGUAAUCAAACUUUAUAAAAUGGUUCUGGUUUUUAGGCCGUUUCAAAAGCUCUACCAAAAGCGCGAACUUCGGCCGACUGAAGUCAGUCGAUCCACCCCGCCUUAUCGGGGGUCUGGCUUAUGACUUAUGAUCUCUGCUGACUUGUCAAGCAACCCUCGUUAGAUCCUCGGUUACACACUGAUCGAUUGCUGUGGCAGAUAUUAAAUAUAUAUUCUAAAUAAUUAACAAACUUAUGCGCAACAAUAAUUCCUCCCACGAUUUACCUGACUACUAUUUAAACAACAAUAGAUCAAAAGUUUAUAUGUAUACAUGUGCAUAAGAGUUCACACUUCGAUGUUGUAAUUAAUGUGGAAACCGAAAUCAGAAAGAGAGAAUAUUCUAAGUAUUUGUGCAUUUUUACGUGGUUCCUGUUAUAUAGCUAUAGAUAUAUGCGCAAUCAAGCGCAAGUAUUACAAAUUUUUGAUGGCAUAAUAUAAUCGAUAUACAUUAUAUGAAUCUAAGGAACCUAAGAAAUAUUAAAUUCUAAAUGUAACCGAACUGCGCUGCUAUUGCAAAAAGUCAGAAACGUUUUUCUAGAUAACUCCUAAGACUAAGAUCAGAGUAAAAUUAUGCGCAUAUGUGUGUGCGCAUGUUUGUAUAUUAAAGCUGGAUUUGGGGCCGUACUUAAAUCUUAACAAUGUAAGAGA